AUGGCUCUACUUCGAGGCCUUCGGGACCCGUACGAGAGGAACUUCCUGGCUGCCCCGAGACCCAGAUUCAACAGAAACGCCUCAUCAAAAGUCUCUAUUCCAAUAUCCUUGGCCUCAUCAAAAUCAGAAAAGCCACAAUAUCAUCUCAAAAAUCUGCUUCGAGAAGUAGACGCCGAUGACCCGGAAAAAGAUCUCGUUCAACUUCAACAAAGGAUAUGUGACUCGAUAGAGGAUUUUCCGGUGCCUGAUGUACUCAAAGUCUUUCGCGCUGCCGAGAAGCUUCUUCGUGAAGAAGAGCUUACAAAGACGGAUCUUGGUCUAGAAAUCAUCGCGAAGCUCGCUUUCAAGCCAGAGUGUACGCCAGCAAAUCGCCUACACUUCUUCUACACGCUAUAUCAAGAUGGGACCACAAAUCGCUAUACCGAUUUUCCCUCCUAUCUUCUUGCGAUACUGACCGACAACGGCCGCCAGCUCGAAGGAUUUGAGCCAUUGUUAACGGGCUUGAUACCGGCGCUGCUCAACGAAGCAGAUUCCGAGUUUGCUCUGAAAGAUAUCAAAAGGAGCGAAGCACGAGAAUCUGGCUCGAAUGUAUCGACCUCACUUGACUUGGUUAAUAAUCUCGUCAAGUAUAAUGCCAGGUUCUUUCGCGACUCGGACAUCACAUCAUUAGUCCAGGGAAUGUUCAAUCUACGGUAUAGACUGGCUUUUGGCGAUCCUGAAAAGAUAUGUGAUAUUCUGGGCACCUUGAUCAUCUACACCCACAUUCCCAAACAGGCAGUACCGAACGCUACCAGGACCUUGUGUUUCAUGAGAGGAAGAAAAGGUCUCGAAGAGAAGACAAGCAAAACCUUUUCAUAUUUCAUGAAUACUCAUCUGAAGGACGAGACAAUCGAAAGUCUUCUUCAGAGAUUCGAGGAUGAGGACACCUGCCCUAAAGAGGCCACCGGAGCUGCUGAACUACUCAAAUUGUCAUUAGAGAAUGUAACGACGCGCCACUCAAUCGACUUGGACAUCAACCGAUUAAUGGAUGCACUUGCGAGAACGGUACCGGACGAGAUCGCGUCGGCUUAUGCUAGGCUACGUUUGGACCUCGUGAAGGUUCUUGUUGAGGACACAGAGAUGCAACAGAAACUUCUUGCAGCACCCGACUGGAUACAUAUACAAGAGGCAAUUAUUCGAAACGCCAAAGCCCCACUCGAGUCCCUCGCUGUGGGUCUGAACAGAGAGGAUGGAAGUUUGGAUCGUUUCAUGAAGGAUCGCGAGCAUAGAAGAGAAACCGUUCGUGGCAUCAUAUCCUGCUUGGAGCAUCUGGAAGGCAUCAGUCUUCAGCAGUCUAGAACACUACGAAGGAUCGCGCUUUACGUGGCGCCGUGGUUGACGGAACAACAGUCGAUGAAGCUAAUCUCUGCUUACCAACCGUCUUCUUUCCGCAUCUCGAUUGGUAACUGGCUGGGCGAGAUCAAGGAACUGGCUAACCACUUCAUUUUCAACACAUCAUGUCAUCUCACGCUUCGUCAGAAGGCUCUGAGGGUUAUAAAGUCCGCAUGGCGUACAGCUCAACAACUAGGCGAAGAAGAAGCGACCAAUACAUGUCGCGAUCUCAUGAUGACCGCCCUGGACAAUGAGACAAACUACGCUUUCAGGGGCAAUUUGGUACAUGUUUUGCUGUGCUUUACAUUGGGCGUAACCGAUGAGAUCUUCUAUCGAACUUUGGACGUGUUCGUCAAAUCGGCUCGUACAGGUUGCUUCCAUGAGCUUAUCGAAAUACCCUUCUUCGCUGAGCCUGAAGCCCAUACGGAAACGAAGACCGACAACUCAUCAAAUCGACCACAAGACGAAGAGCUACCGUCAAUUUUACCCGAUGCUGGUCUGGUGGUCUUGUUAAUGAGGAGCAGUGUUGAUCAGCUUGAAAGAUCGCGGAGAGUGUACUCUGAGAUUCUUCAAUUGAUUGCCAUCCCUGAGCGACCAGCCGAGUCCACUGUCAUGUUGCUCCGAGGUCUCUUUCGCAUCCGAAGUGAUUUGGAUCACAGAAUUUUCUUCCUUGCAAACUCAGAGGGCGAAAGUCUUGCAAAAGUUCUUCACAGAAAUGCCGACUCUCCUUUCUUGCAAUCGCGCAGAUCAUCUCUACAGUCUGGUGUAUCAAUAAUGCCACCCGUUUGGAAGUAUGGCGACAUUCACGGACUGCCCGAGAACCCUCCUUCGACAGUGAGCGCUGUACUGCGAUCAGAAUCGAAACCGGUAGAUGGUGUUGACUGCAGUCUCGACAUGAGAUCGUGGCUUGAGACAAUCAUUCAGCUGUUGGAUUCAGCAAGCUGUGAUUGGGAAGUCUACAGCUACAUCAUCGUUCACGUCGGUCCUCAAGUCUCUAACCAGUCAUUGUUUGCCGAGAACAUUUACGAAAUCAGAUUGCUAAGGAACCUCGUCUGUAACAAGAUACAGACUCAAACGAUAUUCAGGCCACCAGAAACCUCAAAUCUACGACAAGGCGACGUGGCUUUGUGUCUGUAUCACAUUCUCACAACCUGUAUCGGAUACCAUUGGCGCUUCCCCCGGAAAGAGAACGUUGAUACCGUCACGACUCUUGUCAGAGGUUUAACGUUGUGGGAUCGUACUACGAUAGCUUGUGUCAAUGCGCUGACAUUGAGUUGUUACGAGUUGCCAGUUUCGUUGAGUCGAGAUCUUGUACGUAUCGUGGCGCAGAUGUCCACCAUCGUUACAAAGUCCGACUCAGCAAUUCAUGUGCUUGAAUUCUUAGCCGGCUUGUCACGAAUUGAUGAGCUUGUCAAUCAGUUUCACGGUGAUGAGAUCAAGACCGUCUUCGGUGUAUGCUUCAGUUACAUCGAUUAUGCCAGAGGUAAAAAGUUUGACGAACAAAACCGCUCACGGCAAGCGGGAGGGCCACCUACCAGGAACUCUUCGAUCGUGGACAGCAACUACCGUCCAUCUACCGAAGACAUUCCACAGUACGUCUUUGCGCUCAGUUACCAUGUCAUCACUUUCUGGUUCCUCGCCUUGAGCAAAGAAGAUCAGAAGAGACACUUUCCUUGGAUGGAGCAGAGACUUUUGUCCCCCGACCAAUCUGGACAGGUACUUGACGAAGCCAUCGUCACUGUUGACCAUAUCUGGCGAGUCACAGUUGGCAAGGAUGUCGUGAAACCACUCCCUCUGGAACUCGGUACGACGGAGUCAUCAGCAGAUCCGGUGACGCAAACAUGGGUUUCAGAAUUUUGUAUUCUGACCAUAAAGUGCCACCUCGACAACGGACUAGUCGAAGUGAUCGAGCGAAGGAGUUCGGGCACCGAUGAAAGCCAUUUUGUCUACGCCGGCUCGGAACCACUAUCCCCAGAUCUCAUCUACCAGGAAAGGUUUGCGACAGCCAUCAACGGCAACUUCAAGAGCGAUCUGGAGGUUGUCAUCCUGCCUACAACCGAUGCUACACGUCGUGCUCUUGGUAUAUUCGACCGUAUAUCACCAAUCGAUUUUUUCAAAGCUGGUGUCAUCUACAUUGGCGAGAAUCAAACCCACGAACACGAAAUUCUGGCGAAUGUAUCCGGCUCUCCAGAUUAUAAUCUCUUUGUUGCAGGCCUUGGCGAGCGCGUGCCGUUGCAGAACAACCGCAACAACAUGGCCGGCCUCGAUACUAGCGAAGGCAUAUUCGACGGCCGAAGCACCCUCUGCCACAGCGAUACAAUCACCACCCUAAACUACCACGUCACAACCAUGAUGCCCACAAAUCGCGAGAUGGACCCUCAGUGCACGAGAAAGAAGUCACAUAUCGGAAACGACUAUGUCAAUAUCAUCUUCAACAACAGCGGGUUGGAGUUCGAUUUCAAUACCUUCCCGUCUCAGUUCAAUUACGUAUACAUCGUUGUUGUGCCUGAAGCAAGACAAACAUUCAUCCAGACAAGAACACGUUCGCAUAACACCGGCUGGUAUGAAGACUCAUGGUUCAAAGUCCGCGUCUUGACACGCCAUGAUUUCCCUGACAUCUCAUCAGCGGCAGAGACGGUGGUCGUAUCCGGUGCGGCGUUGAGUUCUUAUGUGAGAAACUUGGCACUUAAUGCUGAAGAGUUCUGUCGAGUGUGGGGUAAUAGGGGUAUGGGCGAAUUGCCUAGUACUUGGAGGAGUAGAUUGCAGCAGAUCAGGAUGUUGAGGGAAAGAAACGUGCCAAAGAAGGAGGAGAAGACUUGA